AUGAAGCAUUAGACGCCUAUCAAAAAUCCUUGACAAUUUGGGAAAAAUGUCUUCCAAUUAAUCAUCCACAUCUCGGUGAUGCUUACGGAAAUAUCGGUGUACUACAACGUAUUUUAGGUAACAAAGAACUAUCAUUAGAACAUUUUCAAAAAUCUUUGAAAAUUCGUACACAAUCAUUACCAGCACAGCAUCCUGAUAUCGCCUUUACGUUAAGAAAUAUCGGUUUAGCUUAUGAAGAUAUGAAUGAAUAUGAUCGAGCAUUGACUUAUUACAAGAAAGCUGCUGCUGUUCUUCGACAAGCAUUUAUUACAACGCAUCCAUAUGUUAUGGAAAUUCGCAAUGACAUUGUACGUGUUAUAAAUAAAAUUGAUCAAUAG